UUUCCGUAUUCUUUCUCUGUCUCAAAAACCCAACGGGAGAGAGCCCGCUACAAUGCGCCUGCACCGCUCCUUGACAGUCCUGAGGAAGCCCAUCCUCAAUCCCCAUCUGCAUGGCCCACUAAUCCAACGAUACCACUUCCACCCCUGGUAUACCAUCCCCCAGGAGGACAUCAACCGCGUCACCAUCCCAAAAGGUCCUCCUCUCACAGAUGUCCCCCUUAACUUUCCUCCAGACCUUCUUCAUCGCAAUCAAGAGAACUACCUCACCUAUAUCUCCACACUUCUUCAGCGUUUCAAUGGCAGGACUUGGGGGUUCCCGAUUUUCCGAGCGUUCACCACCUCGCCCACCAACGUAGAGAAUAAGGAGAAGCUGUGGUCAGCCUAUCUAAUCAACUUGUACCGCGGGAUUUACACUGAAUUCCGCAAGGAUGAGAACUUUCGUACUGCGCGGGUUGAGACCAACCCGGGUCAAACCGACGCGCUGUUCCCCCGGUUCUACUGCCCAAUCAUCCAGCCCGACGUGCCCAUCCUGGAUGAGAACAGGGAUGGGGGACUGGGAAUUGGCCCUGCGACACGCGAGGCUAUUCGCACCCGCUUUGCAGAAUGGGUCUCCGACACCACCGAAGAACGGGACGGGCCUGGUGCGGUGGCGAUGCGAGAUGAGGAGGUGCCGCAGUAUCGAAUGUGCUUGGUCGUCGAUGAUUACUGUCUGGAGCAAUUUCAAGCGGCACGGUCGGAAGAACAGCACCAUGGUGCUCCCAUGAUCGUGCUAGAGAGGGACUGGACGCCCGACAAAUAUCGUGGAUACCACCGACCCGAAUGGACGGAUGGGCAAAUUCACAAAGAGCCGCCAGAGGAUGAAAAUGAGGAGGAUUGGAAGCCCGAGGAUGAGAUUCUACUGACGUUCUUCGACAAGGUGGAAGGGUCACGGGCGCCGGUGCUUGGCUGGAUGUAUGCGCGGUCGAAUUGCCCUGGUUCUCUGUAUGCGGCGAUCGCGCAGGAGCGGCACCACUCGGCGGCAUAUCAUGCAUUUGUGCGUCCGCCAGGCAUUUAUCCCGAUGAUAGUGAUGCUCUCUGGAAAGUGCAGUGGUAA